AGGACAUCCCCACAUCUACCUACGAGUGCAUUCUCACCUGCUCAAGAAAAUGAAAGAUUACAGCCCAAUUCUAUCCUUCCAAUCAAUCAAUGGCAAACAAACCUUGCAUACCCGACUGACUCGCCCGCAGCAAAAGGAACUUCCGCUCAACUGAGCCAAUUUUGCCGAUCAGCCACUAGCAAGCAGCCAUGCAGCUUAAGUAGCCUUUGGGGAUGGCGGUCUGCCUCCGGUUCGGGGCUAGCCAAGCUGGACUGAGUUGGAGUCAGCCGGUCUGUCGGUCUUCUGGCGUGGAGUUUUCUGCACUCUCUUUUCCUGUCUGUCUCCCUCUGACGCACGGUCGAGUCACGGAGAUUUACGUGGUGAUCUAUUGCGUUAAGGGGUGCUGCUACUGAUUCACCAUUGUUGAGCUUCACGACAGACCUGUCUCGCUCAAGACACCACAAUGAGUGGGGAAAAGAACUUGGACCACGCUGAGAGCGUGCAGGAUGUUGAGGUUGCUCCGCAGGUAACGCAAGAGAGCUACGCUGGGAUAGAUCUCAGCACUCGCGAGAAAGCCCUGGUCUGGAAGCAAGACCUGCGGAUUGUGCCACUCUGCGCAAGCAUCUAUCUUCUCUGCUAUCUGGAUCGUUCCAACAUAGGAAAUGCCAAAAUCCUCAACCAAGACACCGGCAAUGAUCUCCUCUCGGAGACACAUAUGACUUCGUACCAGUACACUGUCGCGCUCAUGGUGUUCUUAAUCGCGUAUGCGCUGUUCGAAGUGCCCUCCAAUUAUCUGCUCAAGAAGUUGAAGCCCAGCAGAUGGAUCGGAUUCCUCAUGCUGUCCUGGGGAGCUACCACAAUGGGCUUGGGCGGAUCGCACAAUUUCUCCCAGGUGACUGGUAUUCGAUUCCUGCUCGGAGCCACGGAGGCCGGCCUUUUCCCCGGGCUCGUCUACUACCUGACCUUCUGGUAUCGGAAUUCAGAGAGGUCCAUGCGCGUUGCUCUCAUCCUAGCAUCCGCCACCCUCGCGGGUGCUUUCGGCGGUGCCAUUGCCUAUGGCGUAGGACAUAUGAACGAGGUCCGCGGGCUAUCAGCAUGGCGAUGGCUGUUCAUCAUCGAAGGCGCUCCAUCGUGCGCCUCGGCCUUUCUCGUCUGGUUCUUCCUCCCUGACUAUCCCGAGUCGGCGUCGUGGCUCAGCCCGGAAGAGAAGGAUCUUGCUAUCCACCGAUUGAAAGAGGAAGGCUCUCAUGGAGCGGCGAAGGCUAUGAGCUGGGAAGAGGCAAAGGAGAUCCUGACGGAUUGGAGACUAUACGCGCAUUAUAUAGUUUAUUUCGGCAUCUCGACCCCCUUCUCCAGUCUUUCCCUCUUCACCCCUGCCAUCGUCAGUGGCCUUGGGUAUGCGGAUUUGCGGGCCCAGCUCAUGACAGUACCGCCAUGGGCUGCUGCCUAUGUGGUAACUACAGUCGUCGCAUGGUCCGCCGACCACUUCAACAGCCGUGGUCUGCACUCCGCCCUCUUUGCCUUUAUCGGAGCCAUGGGUUUCCUCGCAUCUGCCGUUCUUCCCGCAGACGCAUACUUGCACCGAUACGGAUGUCUCGUAGUCGCAGCAAGCGGCUCCUUCGCCUGCAUUCCGCCCUUACUCGGCUGGCUGUCUGCCAAUAUCCGCUCCACAGCAGGGACCGGCCUAGCUAUUGCAUUGAACGUGUCAUUCGGGGCGCCGGGACAAAUCGUAGGGGUAUGGAUAUACAAAUCCGACGAGGAGAAGAAGGGUUAUCCGACGGGACAUUGGACGAAUGCGGCGCUGCUGCUGAUGGUCACGGUGGGGUGUAUUCUGCUGCGACUGUAUUAUGGAUGGAGGAACAAGGCGACCAAGGGUGGUGAAAGGUUUGCUUAUUGAUGGAUUGACUGCGUGCUAAUUGUCAGGUUAGUAUAUCAUGAAU